CCUUCUCACCUGCCUUCAGGAAUGGCACUGCCCCCUAGUCCCUUGGCUAUGGAGUAUGUCAAUGAUUUUGAUCUGAUGAAGUUUGAGGUAAAAAGGGAGCCCCCCGAGGGCCGAUCUGGGCCUCCCGCAGCCUCACUGGGCUCAACCCCCUACAGUUCAGUGCCACCUUCACCCACCUUCAGUGAUCCAGGUGUGGUGGGAACCACUGAGGGGGUCAGGCAGGGUCUGGAAGAGCUAUUCUGGCUGGCUGCACUGCAACAACAACUGGGUACUGGGGAGGGACUGGGGUUGAGUCCUGAUGAGGCUGUGGAGUUUCUGCAGGGACAGGGACCAGUCCCUGCUGAGGGACCUCUCUCCCACUACCCAGGAAGUACAGAAGAGAUGGGUGGCCUGAAUCCCCAGCUCCAGGGGCUGGCAGAGCGGUUUUCGGAUGCUGCCUUGGUGUCCAUGUCGGUGCGUGAGCUAAACCGGCAGCUGCGGGGCUGCGGGCGGGAUGAGGCUCUGCGGCUCAAGCAGAGACGCCGCACCCUGAAGAACCGCGGCUACGCCCAGGCCUGCCGCUCCAAGCGGCUGCAGCAGAGGCGCGGGCUGGAGGCGGAGCGGGCUCGCCUGGCCGCCCAGCUGGACGCCUUGCGAGCGGAGUUAGUGCGCCUGGCCCGGGAGCGUGACCUCUACAAAGCCCGCUGUGACAAGAUGUCAGUCGGCGCCUCUGGCUCCGGUGCUAGCCUUGGCCUUGGCCCGGACCGAUCCCCACGCCAGGGGGACCACAGUCAAUUCUUCCUCUGAAGUCGGUCCCUUCCGGGACCACACACUGGAAAAGCGCACGAGGCUCCAUGGCCUGAGUGGUUUCCUUACCCUAACAAUCUGGUACCUCCCCUGGCCAGACGAGAACCCCUAGAUGCAUCACAUAAGAGGAGGCUUCGGCUCGUUUUUGUUUGAUUCAGAAAGUUUUCUUUAGAGGUCUUCCAUUUAGGAUUUCUGAUCUCUCCCAAAAGAGAAGUGGGGGAACUGCAAGGAUGAGUCUCCAUCCUAUUCCCUGGGAGGAAUCCCAGAUUCCUCCUCCCUUACUUUCCCCCUCUCCAGUUUCUAGACCAUACAUAUAGACGGGAUCCUAGAACACGGAAUCCUUGGGUCUGCACGGACAAGAGGCAAAACUGAUGGACUUCUUGGAAGAGAGCAUAGGAUAGGAUUUCUAAGCAUCAACACUGUAUGUAGCAUGUGACAGAGAGGGUAUGCUCCUUCAUUUGGGAGAUAUUUAGGGAUCUUCUCUUUCCUCCACCUCAUUUAUCUGGGGUUCCGUUUUGCUUCUGAUUUCUGGAAUUUUUUAGAUCAAGUCUGAGGGACUAUAGCUUAGCUGUCACUUUAAAAAAUUUCCCAACUAGAACACUAGAUUGAAUGGUUUCUCUCCCAGGAACCUCCCAUACAAAGUUCAACAAAAAUCCUUAUGGGAAAUGCUCCCCUCUCCACCUCUUGAACCAGGCAAACACCAGAGAGGCUCAGGAGAUCAAGAGGUUGGGAUCAGACAAUUUUCCUAGCUCAAAAGAUGGGCCAAGAGAAAUUUACAGAGGGCAGUUCCCUCACCUCUAGCAUUCUGACUCAGAACUCAGAAAGUAAGUUGGGCAGAUCUGACCUUUAAAUAUACUUAGGUGAGUAAGGGAGGGCUUACAUUAGUGAGGGGCUCUUGGAAAUUUUGAGAAUGUACUUUCCAGAGUCCCUCUUUUAGAUCCCAACCUAUCAUGUGACUCAAACAUCCUCAGGUAACCCUGCUUGCAUCCUCCAGCAUUUUUUAGACGAAACUCCUUUGGGGUUAGGGAGGAAUGGGAAAUAAAUUUAAAAUGAAGGUUGGGAUGAGGAUUUUUAAUACUGUUGAUCAAAAGCCAAUACAAUGAAAGAUAUUUCUAUUCUUUG